ACAUUUUAAUGUGUACAUGGGAGAAAAUUCAUUGUUAGCCUAGCUGCAGCCUAUUUAUCUGUUUUGUUUUAAGUUUAAUGUCAUUCUAACAGUAUAUUCGUACCAUGGCGGAAGAUUCAGAAACUGGAAGAAAGCUGCGAGCUAAAGAGCGUAAAAAGUACAGUGACCAGGAAAUUGAUGAAGAUGACAUUGAUGGCAGGAGGAUGUACAGUGUUGAGGAAAAACUCACCUGUGAAAGUUUCAAUGCAGACAUGGUUCAUGAGCUCAAAGGUCCAGAGUUCACAAUGGAAUGGCUGCAAAAGAAUGGCCUCGUACGUCCAAUUGUUUUCUUAGAUAAGACAGGUUUAGGCUUGAGAGUGCCAAGUGAAAAUUUUAAAGUCAGUGACGUUAAGCGAUGUGUUGGCAGUCGACGCAUUUUGGAUGUGAUGGAUGUGAAUACCCAGAAGGCUUUAGAAAUGUCCAUGAAAGACUGGGUAAAGUACUAUGAGUGCGCGGAAAGGGACCGUUUGCUGAAUGUCAUCAGUUUAGAGUUUUGUCACACACGCCUGGAGAAUUAUGUUGAUUCACCAACUUUAGUUCGACAAGUUGAUUGGGUGGAUAGGGCAUGGCCUAGGCAUUUAAAAGAAUGUCAAACAGAAUCUACAAAUGUAAUUGAAAAAAUGAAAUAUCCCAAAGUGCAAAAAUACUGCCUUAUGAGUGUUGCUGGAUGCUAUACUGACUUCCACAUAGACUUUGGAGGGACAUCUGUCUGGUAUCACAUUCUACAUGGAGAAAAGAUAUUUUGGCUGGCUCCACCAUCCCAGAAAAAUAUUGACAAAUACACGGAGUGGACUCUGUCAGCUAAACAAGGCGAUUCAUUUUUAGGUGAUUCGUUGGAGCAGUGUCAGAGAAUCCAACUUCGCGCUGGAAACACCUUUAUUAUACCUUCAGGAUGGAUUCAUGCUGUGUACACACCAAAAGAUUCAUUAGUAUUUGGUGGGAACUUUUUACACAGCUUCAAUAUUGAGAACCAGCUUCUGGUAUCACAUGUAGAAGACAAGACUCAUGUUCCUCCCAAGUUCAGAUAUCCAUUUUUUUCUGAGAUUAUGUGGUAUGUUGUGGAUAGAUAUCUGAGCUGCCUCACAGGUCGCACCUACCUUUCAUCCUCUGAGAAAGAAGAAUUUGAUGAAGAUGACCAAGGACUGAUUCAGGUGGAUGAUGACUCCAGACCACCCUCCCGAAAUCCUGAUUCUAGGCCACCAUCUCGAGCGAUGGACGAUAGCAUGGACACCAAACAGAUAAAAUCAGAGAGCGGAGAGGACACGCCCAAGUUGUCUAAAAGCGUCACCAUAGAGUUGACAAGGAUAGAUCAGGCGCUGAGACGUUCUCAAAGUGAAGAUGAGAACCAGCCACCAUCCACCAAACCCAGGGCUCGCAAGGCAGUGUCUGAUUCCAACAGCUCUUGGGAAGGUGGUGGAGGAAACAGGAAGUGGAUUCAUCUGACAAGCACAGAGUUGAAAGGCCUGAAGCAGUUGGUGGAUUAUUUGUCUGGGUUGAUGAACCUGCCUCCAAACAAACGGGGUGUGCCUAGAGAGAUGUUGGACCCUGAAGCUGUCUUGCGGGAGAUUAGACAAGUUCUGGAAGAGCACAAGAAUGAUGAUCAAGAGUUGGCAAUCACUGGAGAGCCUGUCAUUGGGUGGCCAGAAUCAGCAAAGAAAAAGCAACAGAAAUUGAAACUUGGGUAUAAAACAUUUAAGACAGCCAAAACGGCAAAGGGAUCUUCUAGCUCCUCUUCAAUCAGGAGACGUAGGACUAGGUGUAAGAAGUGUGAGGCCUGUACUAGGGAAGAGUGUGGCGAAUGUACUUUCUGUAAGGACAUGAAAAAAUUUGGAGGGCCUGGCCGUAUGAAGCAGACAUGUAUCAGUCGACAGUGUAUGGCUCCCAUACUGCCCAGUUCUUCUGUGUGUAUGAUUUGCAACCAAGAAGGGAAAGCUAAUCCUGAUGAUCUUGAUGACAUUUCUUAUGCCCUUAUGGAGUGUGGUAUUUGUUGGGAGAUUGUCCAUCCAUCUUGUCUGCAGAAAAAGUAUGAAAACUUGGACAAUGAAGGUGUAGUGAAUGAAGAUUUACCCAAUAGUUGGGAGUGUUCAAAAUGUUGCAAUGAAGGCAAGCAAGGACAGCUGAAGCCUCGUGUGAGACCUGGGAUUUCAGCCAAGAAAAUUAAACUAGAGGAGCACAGAUUUUCAGCAGACAGUGAUGGAACGCCAGAGGAAGAGCCCAUUUCCCCUAUCAGUCCCGUGGAGGGGAAGAGAGUAGUUUCUAAAGAAGGGGGAGGUCCAAAAAACUGGCUCAGUGGUGAGGUACCAUUCGUUAAAACUGAGCCAGGAGCUCCAAAAUGGCCCUCACCUCCAAAGAAAGUAUUUUCGGACGUUAAAAUAAAAGUAGAGGAUGGUGCACCAUCACCCCAAUCCACAGUGCUGUCCCCACUUGCAAGGGAAGACAGCCAGAAGAAAAAACCUAAUGUACAAAAAGAUCAAAAGAGGCUGAUAAAAAAAGAAAAGAUAACAUCUCCAGAUUCACCAUCAAAUCAGGAGGGUGGAACUAAACAUUCACGGAAACGUGUCACAACUCCAGGCAGCAGCGGAGACAAGAAUUCAGAUGCAGGAGGCAAGAGGCCCAAACGAGAGGGUCCUUUGUGUGUGGCGGGUGAUGGGCCCAUGGGCAACCCAGCGAGAGACAACCAGCAUAAAGCUCUGGAUGACCUUCACAGCACCCCUGUGUCCAAGAAACCAAAGGUCAAGUUUAGCCACAACCAGGCUGAAGGUGAAUCUGGUCCAUUCAGUUUAGAAAGCGCUGCCUCGUCAUUUUCACUUCCAUUUUCAUCUCCUACCUCAUCACAGACAUCAUUUCCUCCUGGUGUUAUGGCCCUUGUAGCAUCCUCAUCCCCUUCUCUAACUGGGGGUGCAUCUUCAGCCAACACACCCCAGACAAGUGACCCCACACCUGUCGUUAAAGAGGAAGGAAAACAAAUCUGCAGCACUCUUGAAAACAACGGAAGUCCAACGCCUGGCCCGUGCCCUGAUAAACUGCGCUGGGGGACGGAUUACGCCCCUAAAGUUCCUUUAAAAAACUAUGUUGUUCGCCCCGCCCCUCCAUCGAAUAUUCCAGAAUUUGUGCCCAUGUCAGACGGCAGCCCUCAUCCCCUCUCACACACACUCUGGACCCUGAUAUUCCGCUACCUUCCCCAGUCAGAUCUAGUCACUUUGUCUGCUGUCUGCAGGACUUUUGACUGCUGGGCACUGGAUCCAUCUCUAUGGUACCAAAUCAACCUUUCCCGCAAAAGUAUUAAACAAGUACAUCUCAAAGGUACAAUGCUUCGGCAACCUCGUUCCCUCAAGCUGGCCUCAUCUGUUAUUUCGUACGCGCAGUUGUCCUGGCUCAUUGCCAGGUUGCCUGGUUUGCGUCACCUUGACCUGUCCAACCUUUCGUGGGCUUCAAUCUGUGCCCUGUGCUCGUCCGACUGCCCGCUGCUUCGGUCGCUCAACCUGAGCUGGGCUACAGGCAUCAGGGACCUGUGCUUCAGGGAACUGGCCUCGCCGCCAGUCAACCUCAAGCCUGGCCAGCGCAACAUCUCUCGCCUCUCUCGUCUUGAGAGACUCAGCCUUACCGGCACGGACAUCAACGAUCAAAGCCUUGAAGUCAUCGCCACUCACCUGCCUAAGCUGAUGGCGCUGGAUCUUACCUGCUGCAUGCGAGUCACAGACCGCGGCAUCCGUGCUCUAGUGCAGCUGGGCGGCCCUUGUCAUCUGCGGGAAAUUCGAUUGGUCAAGUGUGUACAGUUAACUGAACGCUGCCUGGACUCUCUGGCCAUGUGCAGGGAGCUGAGCUAUCUGGCUUUGACGGACAUCCCAGCCAUCACACAGGAGGACUGCAUCAGGUUUUCUAGAAACUACAAACACCGCAUUCUUCGAGCACAUGCUCAAGGGAUCAUCAGCAUUUAAAUUAGGCUGAUGCGAUGACUCUUGAUUUCUGGAGACAAUUAUCUAAAAUUUAUCUUCUGUAAUUAAAAAAAAAAUUUGUUUAUUGAUUACAAGACUUGCAAAUCUACAAGACAAUCUCAUAUAAUUUUCUCACUUUUGCAGAAGAAAUCUUUAAUACCUCAGGAGUUAUAAAUAUAUCACAUGUACAGUUGAAAUUCUUUAAACUUUAUGUAAAAUUGAAAUGAUUUAACCUGCUUUGUUUUGUUGGAUUAAUUGCCCAUGUUUUUUAAUGUUCAUUGAGGUCAACAACCUUAAUCAAUGCAUGUGCUGACUAGUUCACUGCAUAGCUUGCAUUACAAGGUUCUUCAUUAAAUCUUUUUUUUUUUUGUAGUCAAAUUCAGAUGAUUUAUUGUAUAUAUAAUUUUUUUUUUAAUUAAAAAAAAUCAUUAUAUCAACAAAUUACUACACUUGUAAGAACAAAUCAUUAGCUAAAACCAUGUUCCCACAAAGUUUGGUAAAUGGGAAAUAAGAGGGAAUUUUAAUUAAAAUGAAAUUUCACUUUCAGGAAAGUUCAGAACUCAAAAUUGUUUUAGUCUGUAAAAGUUUUCUGAUAGUCCAGUUUUAAAACGAUGAUAAAAAUGGAUGCAAAAUAAAAUGUAAAGUUUCCUUAUUGUUGAAUGCUUUUGUCACAUCGCUGUGCUUAACCAUGCGUCUAUUUUUAAAUACAAAGCCACAUUGGGUGUGCCAGAACAAAUGUUUAUUACAAGUAGCUUGUGCAUAUGUUUGGUGUUAGUCCUUUCAUUUUUAUAAAAAAAAAAAUUCUAUUAUUAUGCUGACUAGGCUUGCUCUUGAACACAUUCACAAUAUCAAAAUUGAAUCAAUGUUUAAAGGUGCUAUUAUCUAAUAGGAGUAAUAAACAUUUUUUUUUUUUAGAAUCUAACUAGUUACUUUCAUCAGUUUGAAUGCACACCCCCCAACCCCCAUGGGAACCAUGAGUUUGAUACAAUGAUUUUUAUUUUAACAUUUUAUUACAAUUUGAUUUUGAGUAUACACAAUUUAUUUUUUGAGGUAGUUUUAUUAAAAGAAAAGCACAAAGAUCCCUCCUUCAGGACUAAGCAUUAUGUCAAAUAACAUACUGGUAUGAUCUCAUGGUCUUGUAUAGUGUAAAUAAACAUUGAAUAAGAGAAGCAGGAUUUGUUGCAUUAAUCAAUUUAGUUUUUUUGAAAGAAUAAUAUAAGAUAUUUUCAAAUUAUUGCAUAGGCUUUUCUGUUUUGGGGAUUAACUAGCAAUCAAGAAAACUGCUAUGUUUUCUUUUAAAUCAAUGUUUUUCAAAUAUACGUGAAUAUCGUUAAAAGAUUUUGGAUAUUAAGAAUGAAGAGAAAAAAAAAGGUUAACAUUAAAAAGCCACAAAAAAUAAACACAUAGCUUCAGAGGGCAUAUUGGUUUUUUAAAAGUUUAAUUUUGUGUUUUCAACAUUUGUGUUAAAAUCUUUGUAAUAGUGAAAGCUACUUGCUGCAUUGCUUACAGAGUUUCUUCCAGGCAUCUAACGCCCCCCCCCCCUCUGAAAAUAUCAAUGCCCCCCCUCCCCCGAGAAAAAAGUCUGGAAGAAACACUGCUUGCUUAGUGAUUAUUUUAGCAAAAAGUGCUUACUUGAAUGAAUAUCUAUUUUUUUUUGUUUUACUCUAAUCAUAUUAGUUCAUCCCUUUACACUGUAUGUAUACAUUAAUUUAUAUUUUUUCUUAAUCUAUACAUAGUCAUAUGCAGUAGUUUGCAAUAAAAUAUGCACUUCGUUUAUUUUGAUUGGAAAUUGUUUUACUUGUAAUUAUUACCUAAUAACAUUGAAUAGUUUAUUAAAAUCAAUUAAUCCUCACAUUUUGUGCUAAAGUAAAUUUGUUAAUUUGUUUAUUUUAAAAUUAAUUAAUAUAUUAAUUAGUAAAGAGGUGAAUAUUUUCAGUUGAUUUCCCUGAUAAGAUUUUAAAAUGUUCACACUAAAAACAUUCACCUAAUCAUAUAAUUUUCUUCUUGGAGCCAUUCAGUCUCACCCAUUUUAUUUUGGUACAUUUCUAUGUCAUAUUUUUAAUACAAAGG